GCUCGUACGUCAAAAUCAAGUCAAAAUUGAAUAAAUAAAAAUAUUCGGAUUUUUACAGAUUUUCAAGUAUUAAUUAGAAACGUUUUUUUGUAAAACGAAACGAACCCAUUGAAGUAAAUUAAAUCAUGAAGGUCAAGAAACAGCACCGCAAGAAGAAAUAUCUUCAUAAAUUGAACAGAAAGCGAAUGCACCAUAAACUGAAAAGUACAGGCACAGUAAAAAGCAAAAUACUAAAAGAAGCUUGGAACAACAAAAAGUCUUCAUAUCGUAAUUUAAGAGAAAUGGGUCUUGCUAACGAUCCCAACAAGGCCAUAAAGAUUCCAAGCUUUAAACAGGAGAAGUUGCAAAUAGCCAAGAAGAUCGUCAAAGGAGAUGACACAGAUUCAGAGCCUGAAGAGCCAGUACCGAGAAGAAAACCCCCAAAAAUUGCAGUUGCCAAGGAAUUAGAAAAGGAAGCAAAAGCACCAAGAGAAAGGAGAUUUAUGUUACCCAAAGGGCAGGUAGAAUUUAUAACAUAUUUGUUAGAUAAGUAUGGACAUGACUACAAAGCAAUGGCAAGAGACAAGAAAAACUAUUACCAAGAGACAUGGAAACAACUUAGAGCAAAAGUAAAAACAUUUAUGGGAAUACCAAAACAAUAUGGAGAGUAUUUGGAGUCCAGAGGUUUAUUAGAUAAAGAAGACGAUGAAGAAAAAUUGAAACAGGAUGUAAAAAAUCUUAUUAUGGAUGAUAGUGAUUAAGAUUGUUUAAUUAUAACACAAAAAAGUA